AUGGGCUACAUAGAAAACAACCUCUCAUUCUUGUCUGACGAACUUGGAAUCAGACUUGAUCAAGCCACUAUUCUGGCUAAUUUCAAAUACGAGGCUUGUUGCUUAUUCACAGUCCUUCUAAGUGUGGUACCAGCAAACCACAACCAUCACCAGUUCAAUUACCCUUUGGUCCCCGCUCAGGCUCGGGACGCUACCCAAGAUCCCAAGGCUAAAAGGGAAACCGCUACAAUGCGGCGUACAACGAGAGAGGCGAUCAAGGCGGACGGAAGGACCAGAGAGGACGGAACUAAAUGGACGCCCCAAUCGGUGGACCCGUGGCGCCUCAUACCCCAGCCAUUCUACCAUACUCACCUCGUCGCCGUUCGUCUCGUGCGCACCACGACUGCUCGUUACAACCAACCCGGUCGCCCCUAUGCUAAACAAAACAACGGGAGCUCGCAUCACCAGACCCAUCACGUUGCCGUUCGUCUCAACGCUGGGAGCGUCAAAUUCCACCAACCCGGUCACGCCUACCGUCCACAUCAACCCCGCUCAGUAUCACCACCGUCGUUAAUGCCCAACCCGUCGACCCGUCGCACCUCAAACCUCACUCGCAGCACCAGACCCGUCCCGUUGUUGUUUGUCUCGUGUGCGCCACACCUGCUCGUUACACCUCAAAAUUCCACCCAACUCGUCCCGCCUACCGUCCACAUAACGACAAGUCGUCGUGAACCUCCAUUUCCCAACCCUGUUUGCCACCUAUGCCAACCUGCGUCAGCCAAAGACUGCCGCCUGUCGCUGGACGGUCUCCAAAAAGAAGAUAGCUGUCUUAGUAUCUGUUUUGUCUCCGGAGAGAGACUGGCAGUCACUGCUGGUCUGAAUCGAGAGAAGACGCCGCCAGACAUCGGCUUGCUCCCUCCGCUCUCUUUCCCAGCCAUUGACGGCUUCGACUUCUCGCUCGACCUGCCCUACCGCGCAGGACCCGCUUGCCCUGCUGCUAACAACCUUCCGGCGCUCCCCUCGUCGCCUCCCUUGCCGUCGUCGCUCUCCAACAUCAUCCAUCCCCUGCUGGCCUUGCUUGCGCCCUUGACCUCGACGCCGGCGCCCUGGCCGCGCUCAUCUCUUCUCCCUCCCUCCCUCCGACCUGUCCCUCCUCCCCGCGCCAUCCAGCCGACGCCCGCCCUUCUCCCGCGUGUCUCCCUCUCUCCCACCCUCCUCAACGCCGUCUCCGUCGCCCUCUCUGCCGCCGUCCAUGCUGCCCCCCCUCACCCGUGA